CUCCUUCCUCCGAGCUUGGUUACCUGCUCCGCGCCGCCCUGGAACACGUGCGGAGGUCGGACUGACACUCGCAGCCCCCUUGGGAGGCCACAUGCGGCUGGGUCCCUCAGGUGGAAUGAUUGUGGACUGAGACGCGCUCGGGCAGAGACUAUGUAAUCGGCUCGGUGUCUGUGCAGAGGACUGCGCUCAGGGGAGGGAAGAGGAGGGAUCGGCUCUCUCUGCGACUCGGCAGGCGGAGUUUAGCGGCGGUUCCAGAGUUGCGCCCGCCCGCGGGGAGGUCGCUCCAUCCAGCCCCGGCAGCCGCGAGAGCCAGAGCGCCAGAGCGCCGGAGCGCGGUAGUCGGCGCGGGUGAGGCAGAGCUAGACCCAGCCCCGGGGCGCGAGGGAGCGGGUCGAGGAGUCCCGGAGGAGGCGAACGGCGGCCGCGGACGAGCCGAGCGCGCCCCCAGCCCGCUCCAGCAGCGCCGCGCCGGGCAGCGUCCGAGCGGUAUGGAGAAGGACGGCCUGAGCCGCGCGGACCAGCAGUACGAGUGCGUGGCGGAGAUCGGUGAGGGCGCCUAUGGGAAGGUGUUCAAGGCCCGGGACCUGAAGAACGGAGGCCGUUUCGUGGCGCUGAAGCGCGUGCGGGUGCAGACAGGCGAAGAGGGUAUGCCGCUCUCCACCAUCCGCGAGGUGGCGGUGCUGAGGCACCUGGAGACCUUCGAGCACCCCAACGUGGUCAGGUUAUUCGAUGUGUGCACGGUGUCACGAACAGACAGAGAAACUAAACUAACAUUAGUGUUUGAACAUGUUGAUCAAGACUUGACCACUUAUUUGGAUAAAGUUCCAGAGCCUGGAGUGCCCACUGAAACCAUAAAGGACAUGAUGUUUCAGCUUCUCCGAGGUCUGGAUUUUCUUCAUUCUCACCGAGUAGUGCAUCGCGAUCUAAAACCACAGAACAUUCUGGUGACCAGCAGUGGACAAAUAAAACUGGCUGACUUCGGCCUUGCCCGCAUCUACAGUUUUCAGAUGGCUCUUACCUCAGUGGUGGUCACGCUGUGGUACCGCGCUCCCGAAGUCCUGCUCCAGUCCAGCUACGCCACCCCCGUGGACCUCUGGAGUGUCGGCUGCAUAUUUGCAGAAAUGUUUCGUAGAAAGCCUCUUUUUCGUGGAAGUUCAGAUGUGGAUCAACUAGGAAAAAUCUUGGACGUAAUUGGACUCCCAGGAGAAGAGGACUGGCCUAGGGACGUUGCCCUUCCCAGGCAGGCUUUUCACUCAAAAUCUCCUCAACCUAUUGAAAACUUUGUAGCGGACAUUGAUGAACAAGGCAAAGACCUACUUCUGAAGUGCUUGACAUUUAACCCAGCCAAAAGAAUAUCUGCCUACGGUGCCCUGUCUCACCCAUACUUCCACGACCUGGAGAGGCGCAAGGAGAACCUGGAUUCCCACCUGCCGCCCAGCCAGAAUAGCUCGGAGAUGAAUACAGCCUGAGCUGCAGCCGCUGCCUGGAGCGGAUCACCUGCAGAACAGCGUUGGUGGCUGAUGGGCCCCCUGAGUAAGCCCUGCAGAGCUGUUGAAGAUCACUCACUGGCUGGAGAGCUUCUCACUGCCGUCUUCUGGAUGGGCUCUGCUUCUCCAAGGAAACCGCCUAGUUUACUGUUUAAAAUCAAUGCAAGAAUGAUUGCAGCUUUAUGUUCAUUCAUUGUGUGUCUGUCUGUCUGUCUGUCUGUUUGUUUCAAAAAACCUGGAAAAAUUCCAGAAGAAGAGAAGCUGCUGACCAUUGUGCUGCCAUUUCAUUUUUCUAACCUUGAAUGCUGCCAGUGUCAAGUGAGCAAUCCAGGCACAGCUGAGUUCUGAUGUAAUCUCUCUGCAGCUGCCGGAGCCUGAUUUGGUACUUUUGAAUGAGUGUGUGUACGUGUGUAUGUGUGUGUGAUCCUUGAUCUCUUAAAGUGUUAUUUUCUGUAAACGACAAGAAUAAUUGAAUUUUAGAGACUCAAAGUGACCCAUAAAUAACAGGCAUCUGUUCACUGAAGGGCUUCUCAGAUUAUAAAGUUGAGCCUUUGUCCUCAGAAUUUCUCUUGUGGCUCAAAGUAGUAAAUUUGUUUAGUAGUAAAAGGUUCACUAUCUAGAUGAAGUUUUACACACACAGCAGACAAGGGGAAAAAAUUCUAUCUUUUAAGAGACCUAUUUUUUAAAGCACACAUUCCAUUUACUCUUCAAAAAGCUGAAUUGACUCAUUCUAAGUCCAUUUUAUAUUGUUUCUUUUGAAAAAAAAAAAUACUCUAUAAACUCUUUCUUACUUGCUAUAGAUACAAGAAAUGUACCUCAAAGAGUAAAAUUGUCAAAAAAAAAAUAGAGAAAGCUUUUAUUUCUUGGUUUGAAGUGUAUUUCCUUUUUGUUUUUGUUGUUGUUGAAUUGUUUUUUAUUUUAGGCAUCCGUCAGAAACUGUUUCUUGGUUUGGUUUGGAGAGUUCUCUGGCUAGAGGCAGGAAUGCCAGUUACGUUUUCCCCACCUAUUACACUGUACUUUUUCUACAAUGCACUGCCUUGUUUGCGAAGUAUUCGUCUUAUCUAUCCCCCAGUGCCUCUAAUAUAUAUAUAUAUAUAUAUUUUUUUUUACUACCACUGCAUGACUCACAACAGAUUGCUUAAGCUGUUUGCAUGCACUUUCUUUCUUUCUUUUAUUGAACCUUUCGUAAAUAGAUUCAGACUAUGGCUUAUGGCUCCAAUUCCACAGUCCUAACUAUGCUCUCGCUAUAAUGCAGUCUUCCUACCCGGCAUUCACUGUUGCUACGUAGGCAAUGAGCGGAAGACUGGUUCUUCUCUAUCAGCAGCACAUAGAUUGCUUUAACUGUUACUUAGUGUUUUGCGUUUGUAUGGAGUAUAUUGUCAGCAUAGUAUCUGAGGGAAUAUCUUUAAGUAUUUUUUAGAAGGAAAUAUUUAGUCUAUAAAACAAUCUUUUCUCCAUCCCCCAGGCUGUGCUCAUUUCCAGUGCCUCGUGCACACUCCUACUCUCGACAGAGCCAGCCUGACUCGGGCAUUGUGAACAGCUUUACUUUUGCUCUUGCAUUUUCUCUGUAGUGCUUUAUAUGUUUCAUACCAUCCCUUGCCUUAUUUGUGGCAAGUGCUAACUUGGCUCUAAUAACCAGAAGACACAGAUUGUAAGUAUAUUUGGGGAAUUUAGCUACCUUUGCCUUCUGACUCAUGUUUUGGGUUCAUGCAACAGUUAGACCAUGUUUAGGAUUAGAGUUUUCAAAGCAUGGAUAUUGCUUCACUUAGUAGAAAAUGUUCCAGGUGAUGUUUAUACAUAGUCGAGCCUUACUGAAUCCCUCGCUGCUUGAUAAUAUAGAUGAUGGCCUUGAACAAGAGAAAAAUUAGAAGAGUUUUCUCCUUAAAAGCUCUUUAGAUCAGGAGCCAUUCUCUUUUAAUGCAUAUAUUGUUUAACAUUGUUCUGAUUCAGUAACUUGAAGAGAGGAAAAUUUUUCUAAAGCAAGAUAUGGAUGAGAAGAUGGGCCAUAAGAAUGUUUUACACUUUCUUCAUUGUGACAGCAUUUUGUUUGGUCAUCACUGUAAAUGCUUGAGAUAAAGUGAAUCCAGAGCAUCUAGGGCAAGGUGUACUCGCAGUCUCCCCUAGAAAUGUGAGUUCUGCCUUUGCUUUGAUUGGGGCAACAUCCAAAGACAUGUUUGCUGGGGCCUAGAAAUUGCAUUUUAAAACUCACUGCACUGAUUGAUCAUGAGCUUUUCAGUUAGUAUCCAUGAUUAGAGAGAACAUAACUUGAGUUUUUGCUUUUGCAAAAGUUUUCAUUAAGUUUGCUCAAGAAAAAUGCAGCUGUUCUAAACUGGAAUUUUGUCAGCAUUUUUUAGAAUUUGAAACAAGUAAAAGCUCAACUUUUAUUUCCAGCAUAUGUUUUGGGUUCACUUCACAGUAGUUUUUAUAAAGAAAACUUAAAGCACAAACAUUUUGGUGUUAGAUACUUGGCAGAUUACCCUCUGAGAGGGCAUCUCAGCCUUUCUGAACUUGUUACGAGUCUGUCCCCAGCUCUUCCAUGGUUGUGGUUGUGACACUUGAGUGAUUACUCUCUUGUUUUAUGUCAUUUACAUCAGGCUCACCGCUUCUGAAAUCCAGAUCCCACACAAGCACACUUGCCAGUAGGGCUCUUUGAAGCAUAUUGCAGAAUGCAAACUUACUGAACAUAGCUUAUUCUGCUGUGACAUGUGUUUUCAAACAUCCUUGCCUUGAGGCAGUGGUCAGCUGAAAAGGUCAGACUGCCCCAGAGUUAUACUGAAGCAGCUUAGAGCAGUAAAAAUAUGGUGAGAGAUUUGAAAUCAUAUUUGAAUUUCUUUCCAGGUCUGGUCCAAGAAUGUACAUGAUCAUUUCUAUGUGAUAUUCCAUCCUGGUGGCCCAGGCAUUGUGGGAACUGUUAUACAGGAUGGAGUUGUAAAAAACUACAUUUAAAAAGAGUAAAGAAGAAACUUGCCCCUUUAGUCAUCAUAGCUAUUGUAUGGCAAAGGGUAAUAAAGACCUAGCCUCAUAACCUUCAAAACACAAUUUGUAAAAGCUGUAAGAAUCCAGUGCAUUGGAGCCUCCCACUCCAUCUCUCCUAUGAAGUGGAUGGGAACUCAAGGAGCAAAGAACCAGUUAUGGAAGCAAGCUCCGGCCAUUUCAGCCCCCCUGUAUCCUUAUGAUUUUCUCUCAGGAAACACACACUGUGAAUGGCAGACUUUUUGUCUAGCCCCAGGUGACUUACUAAAAAUAGUUUAAAAUAUUCACCUAAGAAUAGAAUCUUGGCCUUUUAGUUUUAGUCAAAAUGAAAAUUUCAGAAUGUACAGGAUGUUAAUAUCUUAAAGAAAAUAUGUACCUAUUAAUAGAGAAUCUUAUAGUUUGACUCCAGGAUAUGGUACUAUCCAUAAUGAUGAGAAGAAAACUUAAAUUGUACCAAACAUUUUGCAUCUUAAAUUAUAUAUUUAAAACGAGCUUUUAACUAACUAUAGCUGCUUCUCUUAAAAGUAGGGCCUAUAAAAGUCAGUAACGGCAAUUCUCAUUUCAUUAUGGAAAUUAAAUCAUGUUAAUUCCUAAUACCAUAAACAUUAAAAUUCUUCUCUCCAAAGAAUUGCUCCUUUUCUUUUAAGUGACAACUUGACUGUUUUUAUGAUAAGCACAUGAGAGUGUUACACAUUUUCCAAAAGCAGACUUCUGUUGCAUAGUUGGGUCUAAGAAAGAAUAACAUUAAAAGUUUAAUAAACCCCAAUAAUUACUUAAUUGUGUUAGUAUACAGACUAUAGCAUAUUGACUUUGGAAAGAAAAUAUUGAAAUAUUAUAAAUUCAUAGCUAUUGAUAGAAUUCAAAAGAAUGCAUGUUUUACACUGUGACACCUAAAAAUAAUGUCUUUUAUAAAAAUAAAGAUGUUAAAUUAUUUCUAAAUUUUUAAAAAUUAUAAAACAGCAGGCAGUCAAUAGAGGAAAUUCUAGAGAAAAUGAAGGUAUUCAAAGAAGGAUAUUUCAACGUGAAAGGCAUUUUGGGGGAUAUAUAUUUUAACAAAUACAUUGUAAGAAGUUAUGUUGAACUUGGAGAAAUCAUUCCAAACAAUGACCAUUUCAAAAGUUGAGCUGAGCAAACUGAACCAUCUGUAUUCCUUUCUCAUUUCAUGGAAAGCAGCAGCCAUAUGAAGCUACACUUGUUAUGCAAGCCUAAGAGUGUUCUCUUUUUUUUUUUUUUAAGUAAAUUUUAGAAAGGCAUAUGUUUCCUAUGCCUUUUGAAAAAUUGUGAAACCCAGACCAUUUAUUAUGUGCACAUGCAUUCAGUGCGUUCAGAUGUAUGAUUAGGAAGAGUCACAUAUUCCUUCCCCACAGCAGAAAAACUUGCUGGGGCUACCAGAAGCCUAUCAAGUAAUGUCAGUCCUCAGAUAAUUAGUGAUGGUGUUUUCCUCAGACUCGUAAGAAAAUAGCAUUUUAAUUUCUUAUCAAUGCAAUUUUCAACCUAGUUUUGUUACAAACCUAUAUCUCAAGCAUUUCUAACAUGUACUUGUUCAGAAAAUAAACUGAAAAUAUUCUUUGGCCUUUCCUAUCUUCUAUCCUUUGAAAACAACAACAAAAAAAUUUUAAAUCUUUUUUUUUUUCAAUUUGGGGUGUGUGUCUGUGUGUGUCUCUGUGUGUGUGUGUGUGUGUGUGUGUGUGUGUUUAGUUUUGUUUUUUGAAGUACAAAUGGGCUUUUCAAAAUGGUUUCUAUUUCUCAGCAGUCCAAAGGAGUUAAUUUAGAUAAAUGAAUGGACUGGUGCUCUGGCCUUCAGGAAGAAAACAAGAGCCACCUGAAAAUAAAUACUGGAUUUUUUUCAAGCAUCCACUUAAAUUGUUACAGCAAUUAGAAAUUAAUAUGGUAGGAAAAAGAGAUGCAAAGGUAUGUUUUAAAAUUCACUGUCCUAGGAGAGCUUUCUUGUUUUAUUCCAGUAUAUUCCACAAGGUGGCACUUUCAGGGUCCUGGGUGGGAGGGGUAGGUGGGAAUCGGAGCAAGUCCAAAGGGUUAUUUUUGUUAAUUUCAUUAUUAUUUUAUUUUUCUGCACAUACUUAACUCUUGCCUAGCACUUGGUUUUCAGGAUGGCAAAUAGUCCUCAUACUACUAUGUAACUUAGAUAUUUUAGUGGUUAGCUAGGUUCUGAAGGAUUGUCUGCAAUUAAAUUAUUCUGGAGAAUAGAUAAUACACUCACUUUUAUCAUUUAAGUGCGUAAAGAAAGCCUAGGCAUUCAUUUAUUUAAGAGACAUUUUUUGAGGUACUUAAUUACCUCAUUUUUCUAAGUGCAGAUUUAAAGAUGAACAGGUUUAUUACUAAAAAGGCAACACUCAGUUUUGUUAGGAGUGUAAAACUCACCCAGUGCCCCCAGCCCAAGUACCAAACCCCCAUCUGCUGCUCUUCCAUUCCCUACAUUCCCUACCGUGGUGGCCUUUAGACAUUUAUUAAAUUUUUAAUCAAUUAAAAAUCAAAUGAACAAAAUAAGUAACAUCAGUUAUUAAAUAGCAAAACUAGUUUUUCUAAAGAAUCAGCUAUGCUGAAACAGCCCUGAAACACUAAAAGACCUGGUAAUUUUUACAUUUGUAUAAUCACAAGUAUAAAUUCACAAGAAAUUACAGUUUUAAAAAAAUUUUGUCUAAACAUAUGAACAUGAUAAUUUAGGAGUGUAUCUACACAAGUCUUUAAUUUUUCCAUUCCUGAAGUUUUUUUGGCAACUUGAUUAUAGAUAUAAAUAUAGAUGUCCAUUUACUCCUGUUUUAAUUCACAGGUCUGCCCAGAGACCCAUUAACCCCCAGAUUUUAGUUGAUUUUAAGUCACUUUCCCCACUAGUGUCACUGAAAUUUAGGAGGAAGGAAAUUACAGUAUUUUUUCAGUUUCCUUAACACAGCAUAACAGAAGGCAGUUUAUUCCUAAUGAGUGACAGAAAUUCCAUAGUGCCUUCUUAACUUUGCUAAAGAGUAGCCAGGAGGCAAGUCUCAGUAAUUCAGACUGAAUCCAAAUAACGCACACCCUUGGGGCUAUCAAAACACUUUGGGAAAUCGUCCACCUCAUCCCUGUGCUUAACAUCCCACUGAAGCAGGUUACGAUUUAAGGCCGAAUUUAAACCACGAGUUUGUUAUCCCUUAGGCCAGUCCGAAUUGUAUUUGCUCCUAUUCAAAACGUCGCUCCUGCCCGAAAACCAGGGGCACUGCUCGGUCACCUGCCCCUUUGGCAGUAGAGCCGCAGUGGGCGGAGCUGGCUGGGACCCGCCCACGGCUCACCUGUUAGUGCUAAAAGGAUGUACGACCCGGCGGGAAACUGUCCGUGGUCCACGUGCCUGCUGCUGUCUCAGAGGCAUCUGUUUUGCAAUCUUAGGACAUAAAAUGUCCCGAGAAGCAAACGGGUGUCUUCUGUGCAUAAAUAAGUACAACACAAUUCUCCGGAAGUUCAGGUGUAACAAAGAGAUGCUGCUCUGUAUGAAGCUAUCGGGCAUCUCUCAAGCUCUAAGCUCAGUUGCUUUUUUUUUUUUAAGAGAAGAUGUAUAAUUACAAGAAAGAUUUUUUUAUUUUUUUAUUUUCUGUCAUUCUACAUAUGUGAUGGCAAAAGAUAUGCGUGCAAAAGUUUUGUUGUGAAAACUUGUUUAUUUCCUGCUUCAUCCUUGGUUGGCAAAAGCUCCUCUUUGUUUCUAAUUUUUUCUUUCUCUUUUUUCUUUGUCAAGUAAUUAAAGAUAUGUAGGCAAAUUGUCUCAUGUAGUAGGGGAUUUUCCUGUUUAGAGGAACUUUUGUGUGAAUUGUUUCAUUAAGCAAAUAAUCAACCCUUCUAUAUCUUAGGAGUUUGGAUCGUCACUUGUAGGUUUUCUUAAAGGGGGCACAUAACUGUACUUAUUACUACCAAGAACUAUGACUGUAGCACUAAUCAGCAAGCAUAGAGCCACACAGUUAUUUUAUCUCUUAAGUCACUGUGGUUUCUAACCAAAUUCUGUUCAUGUUCUUAGAUUACAGUCCUGAAGAUACCCUUUAUACCCUCACCUGAAAGUUUCUAAUUUUAAGUUUUAUGACAUGAAAUAAUAUGUGCUAGCUAGCAAUAGUUCUGUGCUCACCAGCAACUCUGAAUUUGACCUUGAAGUCUCUGAAUAAUGAAAAUAGGUUCCAGCAAUAAUACAUUUCUUGAACUCCCCCACCCCAAGUACAAUAUAUAUCUUCGUAUUUUGGUCCUGUGUUUGCAACAAUGUAUACAUGACUAUUAUAGUUCCUCACUUACUUUGCAUCCAUUUAUUUUACUAUGACAAGUAAUAAAUACAUAGUAUAUGGAGUGAAUAGGAUCAACUACCCUUAGGAUCAGCACUUAACAAGGUGAGGAAUAUCUAUUUCAAGUUUUUCUACAUUUGCAUAAAUUAUUUCUAUUAUUAUUCAUUUAUAUUAUUUAUUUCUGUAUCACACUAGUCCUGUGAAAGUACCACUGAAAGCAAACCAUAUUAAGAUAUGCAUUUAAGGUUCAUUAUCAUGGUCUUGAUGGAAUUAAGAAGAUAAAAAUUAGACUAAGCCCCCAAAUAAGCUGCAUGCAUUUUAACAUGAUGGUAGAGUUUAAGUCUAUAGAUAUAGUGUUUGUGUGUCUAGAUGUUUUAAUUAUCGUUAUGUAAAGGAAUCAAAGUAAAGGACUUUGUAGUUGUUCUUUUGUCAAAUAUGAAUAUAAUAUAGUGUGGAAAUACAGCAAAAAUAAAAACUACAGAUAGAAAAGCAUCAGAUAUGGCCUUAAUUUAGAAACUCUGCCAGAGGGACAUCGGAGCAGAUGCCAGGCAGAGAUAGUAGAUGCCUAGGCAGUGCCUCUUAUCUGGCCUUGAGAAGAAGCUUUCCUCAUGCCAUCUAGUGCCCUCGUAGGUGUCGUGUGCAGUAGUAGGAACAGUAGUACUGUUGAAAGGAGAGCAGUGUAAGAGUUUUCUGUAGAAGCAGAACUGUCAGCUUGUGCCUUGAAGCUUCCAGAACGUGUUAGAUGGAGAAGUCCAAGUUUCCGUGCCCUCAUGCAACUUACUUUUGUACAGAAGCAAUAUGUCUGGUAAUAAAAAUAAGGACUGUGUGUACAAUAGUCAACAGUGGGACCUUAACAACCAACAGUUCCCAACAUGCAACUUACUUUUGUACAGAAGCAGUAUGUCUGGUAAUAAAAAUAAGGACUGUGUGUACAAUAGUCAACAGUGGGACCUUAACAAUCAACAGUUCCCAACAACUUCAAAAGCUUGUUGCAUUUCUGUAUUUUAGGUUUUGAUCUGAAAGUUAAAUGGCAAGUGUUUGGUCUAGCAGAGCAGUAUGUGUUAAGAAAAGCACAAUAUCAGUGCCUGGAGAGUGCAGGUUAGAGCUAGAGGGUCUUACAGGAUUAUCAUUUCUGAGAUGUGGGAAUGUAUGAGUGUUUCUGCAUUCCCAUAGGGCCUAGUUAAAACUUUCUUCUAGGUUUCAGCAAGGAUAGCACACCCAGUGAGCUUUUCUUUUUUUGACUUAAAAUAGAAAAUGUUCUAAAAGUAGAAAA